AUGUCCGACCACGGUGGCAAAUCCAAGUGGACCGUUUCAAUCCCUCCAAGCUACGACUUCCCGCUGUCAGUGAAGGAGUACGGGGACAUGUGCAAGAAGUGCAAGGAGGUUGCCGCGCGCGUUAGGGACAUGCGCCACCGAACUCAGAUUCUUGAUCAGAACCUCUUGAGUCAAGAUGCCCCCAAUGAUCCGUACUUCAUCGACGUUGCAGAAGCUCAAAAGACCGGUCUUCUCCCGGACGUCGCUGCCAAAUGGCCAAGCAAGGGUCAAGGUCACGAUGGAGACCUGGUUGGGGAGAACAAGGACUCGCUUGUUGAAAAGCCCGUGUGCGAAAGCUCCAUGACCUUCAUCAUGGAGACUGCAGACGCCGGCAUUGGGCACACCAUCAUGCAGCUCUGGACAUUUUACGGGCUCGCUAAGAGGCAAGGUAGAGCCUUCUUCAUCGACGAUUCUCGCUGGGCGUACGGCAAGUACACCGAUAUCUUCCAAGCGCCUCCUGUGCCCCUCUGCCGCCCUCCUCCCCGCCACGAAAUGAUUCCCUGUCCUCCCAUAGCUCGCCACUUGGUCGUCACAUCCGAGACAGCGAAGGAGAUGUGGGCAGGAUCUAUCAGCAAACCUCACUCCGACUUCCGCGCACAGGACGAGCAGGGGUUGCGGGAGCUGUUCGAGCUGGCACACGAGGGAUACCGCGCUCUUUGGGACCUCAACAAGGACGACGCUCAGUACGUCAGCAAGCGUGUCAAGGAAAUCAGGAACAAGACCAUUGUUGGCAACGGCAACCCGAACAACGGGGUCGUUGUCGGCGUUCAUGUCCGACAUGGCGACUGCCACCCUACCGAGUACCAGUACCACGGCACUUACAUUCCGAUGGAGAUCAUUGCGAACGCUGCUCAGGAGGUCAUUGACAGCAAGCACAACGGCACCGGUGUCGAUGGGGGUGACGACGAGCUCGCCAAGCGCAAGUCCUUCAUUGUCCUUGCCUCCGACGACCCGACAGUCUACGAUGCGGAGGAUUUCAAGGGUUCUAUGCGCGCACAGGAGCAGAUUCGCCUGGCGUCCAAGCAGGAAGUCCACAAGGCUACCCCCGACAGGCAUGUCAUGCACCACUUUGAGGAUGAGGCUUUCGGCUGGGAGGGCGGCUUCUUUGCCGCCAUGUUCUGGAACCUUGGCCUGUCCUCCAUGAGUGCCUCCAACGCUGCGACAGCCAAGAACAAGCAACUAGCCCCCUCGGCCGAAGCGCUCCGUCUCCGGAGCUACGUUGGCCGCGCCUAUUUGAUGGAUCUGGCCGUGCUGGCCGAUGCUAGUGACACGGUCAUCUGCACCGUCAGUGCCAUGGGCUGCCGUCUGCUGGCCGUCAUGAUGGGUUGGGAGCGCGCAAUGGAGCACCACAACUGGAUCAAUGUCGACGGCCCGUACGGGUGGACUGGCCUUACUUUCUAA